AUGGCGUUGCUAUCCACUGACAGUUACUGGCUUGGUGCGACAGAUCUGAACCUGGAGGGGAGAUGGCUGUGGGAGGGACGGCAUCCUAUGGUCUACAGCAACUGGUCUCCACAUCAGCCUGAUAAUUACAAGGGGAGAGAACAUUGUCUGGAAAUGAGACGGUCCUAUAGUAAUUAUUUAUGGAAUGAUGUUCCAUGUUAUGGUUUCAAUGGAACAGCUGCCACUGAAGAGCUUCAAUGUCCAAAUGGCUCGUUCCUCCUUGCUCAGCUGGCUUAUGGCACCAACAUACGGAGCCGAUCAUGCCACACCAAUCAUGUUACCAAUGAAAACAAUAAAAGAAAGGUGUCUGUUAGUGAAAGUCUGAAGCCUGGGGACAAAGUGACCUUCACCUUAACAACAACAUCCAGUUCUACAUGGUUUGGCAUCACCGUGGAAAAUCCCGAAAUCACCUCUUUGGACAUAUAUGUACAAGAAACUGAGGAUGAAAUUCCUCUCCAACACCUGGACUAUAACAGCAGCAAAGGAAGAACUGGCUCAGACUGGAAUACUGCAGAAAGAUGCCCUAAUCUAGCAAACAGGACAUUCACGUUAGAAGUGGUAUUAGGGGAGAAUGACUUUCAGGUAUCUGUUGAUGGCAAUGUGCUGUUCAAUCAUGAAGUCCCCAAGGAAUUCCAGACGGAGACAAUGAACACACUCACAGUGACAGGAGACGUCCAAAUCAAGUCAAUUUACAUUAAUUAAUAUAUUUCAGGAUAUCAACAUGGAAUGCAAUAUAGCAUUGUAAACUGCACGUACUAUAAUUCGAUUUGUCUUUAAGACGACACAAUCCUGAUCAGUAUUCCUCUUCUUGUACUUGAUAUACUUUUUAAUAGUUCCAAGGACUCUGAGUUUGUGAGAUUUCACUGUAGUCAAUAUGCGUAGGAAGGUAAAAUAUUUCACAAGCAUUACACGAUUUUGAAACUUAAUACCUCUGUCCAUAUUUUAAAUGAUAGUUUUGGACCAUAUACAAUAAGUAGAUAUGUAUGUCCCACUGACAAAUCUUUCGAGACUAUAGUACCUUUGAAAUCUAAAAAUAAAUCCUAUUCACGCUCUUAAUAUGAAUAUCUGUGUU